AUGAAAGGAACUGAUCUACCACGAGCUCAGUGGUAUUGGAAAUCAAGUUAUGAUCCAUGGUUAACAAAUGGAAUAGAAGAAUGGACAAAAUAUUCUGAUAUCGAAUCAGAGAUUAUAGAAGAAGCAUUUAAUGGGAAAAGUAAAACAGAACCAGCUGAACUAGAUAAUUAUUGGAUCAACGUAAAGAAUUCCAUUCAAAUCAGUAAAUCGGAUCAAAAUAAACAACGGCUGAUAAAGAGAGUUCUAAUUAAGAGAAAUGAAAAUGAGGGUUUAAGAGAAGAAAGAUUCUUCCUUCCACAACCACUGAAACCGUUGAGUCACGAUAGCGGACGCGACUCUGAUACUUUUCUUUCACAGUGGAAGAAAGAUAAGCAGCUUUCUGAUCCUGAGAUAGUAGAGCAGGCAGCGCUUGGAAUAAUUCUCGAAGGAAAGCAACUCGACAAACACCGUGAAUCACAAUGGCUAGCUGAACAAUUAACAGCCGUGAAAAACCAAGGGAGACAAGAAAUUUAUAACUGCUGCAUUAUGCUAUACACAAUAGAAUGCUUCCUGUACAAACUAAUAAACAAAGCAUUGAGAGAAAACGAUCAGAGCAAAGUAAAUACUCUCGGCCCAUUCUGCUACAUAUUAUUUCGAAGCUGGUACACCGAUCACAACCAAUAUCGCCUGCAACUCUAUCGUGGUGUAAAUAUCGAUCCCAAUACGGUUAAAUCGUACGACCAAGCCACUGGCGAGACGAGAUGUUGGGACAGUUUCACCUCAACGAGCAAAAGCCGCAAAAAAGCCGAAAACUUCGGCAAUACACUAUUCAUUACAGAUGCAACAACCAAAGGUGGCACUGAUCUACUCCAACGUUCUAAAUACCCAGACGAACAAGAAGUCCUACUUCCACCAGGAACAACAUUUACAAUCAUCGAAGUAAAACCCGACCCAAAGACAACCAAAAACCAUACUAAAAUACGACUCGAAUCUUAUCGGCAUUCUUCACUAGCUGCAUGA